AUGGGUACAGAUAGUAAAACAGCUGUACAACAACCAUCGUCAAAAGUUACAGUUGUCGAAUCAAAGAAUGACAAAAAGAAAAAAUCAAAGAGAACAAAAAGUAGUCAUCAUAAAUCUAAACAUAGUAGACAACAGCGUUCGUCAUCAUCUUCAUCAUCCAAUUCAUCAAUUGAACGUGGACGUAAUUCAACAUCAAGAAAAAAACGUGACAUUAAUAAUUCAUCAGAGAAAGGUUCCAAAGAUAAAACAAACCUUUCAUCAACUGUUGAAUUACGUAAUAAUAGUAAUAUUAAAUCAUCAAAUAAGAAUAAAAACCAUUCAAAUCGUUCUAAAGAUGAUUCACCAGAAUCACCAUAUCGACGAAAUCAUAAUACAACAAAAACACGAAGUCGUUCAAGAUCAAGAUCUCGUACUGAUCAAUCAUCUCGGAGUCGAUCCAGUGAUAGAUCUCAUUCUCAUGAUUCUUCAUCUCGUCAUCGUCAUAAAAAUUCUUUUCGUCAUUCCGAUUCAAAUUUAUCAAAUGUUUAUUCACCUAUGCCAAAUUUUAUUCCCAAUAUGAAUAAUCGUUAUUCAAAUCCAUCAAGUUUACAUUCUCGAGGUGGUCGUGUGCAUAAUAAUCCAUCACCAAUGAUGGGUAAUCCUUCUAUACGAAAUAACAAUAGCAAUCGUUCUUCUCUAACAAAUUUUCGUGGUCAUAUGGGUUCAAUAAAUAAUGCUGCUUAUUUACAUAAUGUUCAUAAUAUGGCAAAUAUGAUACAAAAUAUGAGUAAUCUUAUGCAACAAAAACAAAGGCCAGGUUCAAAUCUUAAAUAUUCAAAUGCAAAUUAUCCAAAUAAUCGUUUUUAUCAACAAUUUCAUGAUAAUUAUAAAAAAUUAAAAGCUGGAGAAAAAAUAAGUAAUUUAUAUCAAGCAUCAUUUCCUCUUCAACAUAUACCACGUGACAUGCGUUUUAAUUUUCGUUUACUUGGACGAAAUAGAUUUACAGCAUCGGAUGAUGAUGAAGAUGAAUCAACAACAACAGAAAAACGUUCACAACAGAAACAACAACGACAUCAUUCAAGUUCAAAAUCAUCGGAUAAUUCGGAUGAUGAACGUCGUGAAGAAGAAGAAGAAGAAGAAGCAGCUGCUGCUGCUAUUGCAGCUGGUAAAUUAAAAUCAUCACCUAUGCAUAAAAAUUCUACGAAACAAAAAUAUUCAUCAACAAAAUCCAAUCGAAAUCGUACAUCAUCUUCAACAAAACCAAUAACUGAUUCACGUGAUUUAUUAACUAAUCCAAAUAAUUUAAGUACAUUACUCGCUGGUAUUAUGCAAAGUGAAAAUGCCGAAAUUAUUGCUAAUACAUUAGCGAGUGCAGCUGUUGCUGCUAAUAAUAAACGAGAACGAACAAAAAAAUAUUUAGAUAAAAAAGUACAAAAAUUUAAAAAUUAUGCAAGAUUUCAACAAACACAAAGUGUUGGAUCUACCAAUGGAUCAACAACAAAUUCGGAUGAAAUGGAGAAGAAAAUACAUGGUCUUGCAAGACGAUUACAAACGAAAACUCUUGGUUUACAUGAAGACUAUGAAUUGCAAGGUAUGAAACGUUCAGAUGAUUCAAAUGUCGAUUCUGAUACUAGUGAACGACAUCGUCGUCAUUCAUCAAAUUCUGCUAGUGAACCUUCAAAAGAUAAAGAUAUUGAUAGUGAUGGAAGUACAAAUUCUCAACGACAACGUAAAUUUAAAAAAUUAACUAAAAAAACAAAUUCUUUUGAGCAAAUUAUUGGUCAAAAUGAAGGUGAACAUCUUUCCGAUGGUAAUGAUAGUGAUGCAAGCAUGCUUAAUCUAAAUGAAGAUCUUAAACCUAUUGGUUUUUAUAUAAAAGAUCACGAACGUAUGUUACAUGAAAUGUUUCGAUGUGUUCGUAGUCAUAAACUUCAAGCUAUUCUACCGGAUGCAUUAAAGACACGUUCUAUUGACGAAAUAAAAGCAAGAUGUCUCGAUCAACUCGAUAUUUUAUCAAAAAAACGUAUUCGUGCAAUAUUACUAGCACAACCCAUGACUUCAUCAAGUGGUACAGAAGAUAGUACAGAUGAAGAUGAACAAGAUAUAUUGACAUUAUAUCCACAUUUAAAAUCAUCAUUAGAUCUAACAAAUAAUAAUGCUGCAAAUGUUACAACAACAACGACUACUACAACAACAGCACUUCCAACGGAUGAUAAUAAAAAGUCUCUACCAAAUAGCAAAUUUCGUCCAGUACAAAUGCAUGCUGUUACAAAUAAUUCUUCAUUUUCACCAACACUUCAUAAUAAUCUUGCAGCUCCUUCCAUAAUUGGUGCUAAUGAAGAUGUCAAUGAUUAUUAUGAAGAUUUUAAAAAAAUUAAAAAAUUAACAAAUCUUCGCCGUAAUGAACAAGAUGAUGAAUUAACACCAUUUCCUGAUCAAAAUGGUAAAAUUUUACAACCAAUUGGAACAAAUUUACUAAAGUUUGAAUUUAAACCAAUAACAAGUUUAACAAAUAAUCAACAAGCACAUUUUAAUGCUCGUCGAAUUGCUUAUCGACAAAAGCAACAACAACAACAACAACAAAAUGAUAUACGUCAAGAAAUAGAUGAUUUACUCAAUAUUGAUAAUUUUGUUUUACCUGAUGGGGAACGUCCAUUAUCAUCAACUGAAUUAUCAAUAAAUAAAGGAUAUCAAUAUGGUUUACCACCAAAAAUACAACAUAAAAUUCCAGCAGAACCACCAAGAAAAGGUUCAUUAGGCGAUUUACUUAAACGGAAAAAGACCGAAAUCAAUGAACGCAGUCCAUCGCCCAUAAUUUCAAAACGAUUACGUCAUAGACAACUUUCACAUUCAUUAAGUUCAUCAUCUGAGCGCACGUCAAGGCGUUCAUCAUGUGAAAUGAUUGAAUCCAAUACAAAAAUUGAUAAUGAUGAUAUUGAUAUGAGUGAUUUAUCAAAAUUACUUGAUUUAAAUGAAGAAGAUGAAUUACUAUUACUACAAAUUGAAGUUGAACAAGAAGAACGUAAUUUACGUCGACAAGAAAAACGAAAACGUAAAGAAGAAAAAAAGAAAAAGAAAAAUCAUUUAGGUAUUAUUAAACAAUGUUUAAAUGAUUUAUUAGUAAAAAUUCUUGCUCAAGAAGAGAAGAAAAUUACUUUCAAGAGACCAUUUGAUGAUAUUAAUAAUUUUGAUUAUAUAUCAAAAAAAAUUAAAAUUGAAGACAAAAAUUUGAACUAA